UACGAUUUUCGUUUUGCCAGGAGAAUUAUAGGGCGACUUACAGAAAGCUACCGGCUUGCUUUUUAGAUUACCGAUCUGCAGUGGAGUUAACUUCAAUUGCGGGCGGAAUUAAUAGACUCUGAUCAUGCAUAUGCAACUGCAUGUCGUCGUUCUUGCGGCGUUAGUCUGUGGCUUUACGGGUUAUGUAGCGGGCCAGGGUGGUGGUCAUCUUACACGCCAAAGUUUUGUCGGGAUGAACAAUGGAUGGAGGACAUGGAACCCCCUUGUUGGGCCAAACCACCACCGAUACAGAGGCGAUAGACCGAGAUCUGCGAGACAAGGCAACGAAAGACAACGAGGAUCAAGGAACCGACGAAUGGGGACCGUUUUGACAGGCCGUCAUGUUUGCCAUGAAAAAGGUUCCACCUUCUGUUGCCCUGGUUGGACAGCUUCUACAAGCGGAAAGACUUGCUCAAUACCCAAAUGUGACGAAGGAAACUGUGGGCCUCGUGGAGUUUGUGUCUCACCGAACAGAUGUAUGUGUCAGGACGGUCAAACACAAAUGAGGUGCCAGAGAGAAGACGCCGAAGACCGAAGAUGUAACAUGCGUUGUAUGAACGGAGGGGAGUGUGUGGACAACCAAUGCAGAUGUCCAUACGGUUACACUGGACCACACUGUGGACAACCCAUUUGUGGACCUGGUUGUCUCAACGGAGGAAGAUGUAUUGCUCCAGGAAGAUGUGCUUGUGUAUAUGGAUUCACCGGGAUGCGGUGCGAGAGAGAUUACCGAAAGGGCCCAUGUUUCCACACACGAGUUAACGGGACCUGCAAAGACGAAGUUCCAGGGGUUAUGUGUACCAAGCUCUUCUGUUGUGCUACUGUGGGAGAAGGAUGGGGCCAUCCGUGCGAGGAAUGUCCCGCCCGAGUCGGAAAUUGUACCAAGGGUAGACUACCCCCUCUGUGCACAGACAUUGAUGAGUGCGAAAUAAUGCCGGGUCUUUGCGAGGGAGGAACUUGCAGAAAUACUGACGGAUCUUUUGCCUGUGAUUGCCCUGAAGGGUACAGAGCUGACACUAAUAUUCACCAGUGCGUAGAUGUGAACGAAUGCGCAAGCUCCGAUGUCUGCGUCUACGGCAACUGUAUCAACACGGAUGGAGGCUUUAUAUGCGAAUGCCCGCCAGAUUACAAACUCUCAAUUGACAAGACAUACUGCAUAUCUGAUAAACCCGGACGAUGUUACACCGCCAUUGAAAGUGGUAUGUGCGCAAGACCCUUGUCUGAGUUGGUACGACGGACUAUGUGUUGUUGCACCCCUACUGGGGAGGAAACACUUGGAAAAUGUUUUGCCGCGGUUGGGGAGUUCCCCGAACGAUGCCCUGCUGUUGGGACACCGGAGUUCAACAGAGAUUGCGAAGGUGUAACAACCGGCGAAGUUAUACCUGGCGGUGGACUUUGUGAGCUUAUGGGUGAUCGCGCAUGCGCACACGGUCGAUGCGUCAACCAACCAGAACAACAUACUUACUUCUGUGAGUGCGAGGCCGGCUACGAAUCAGCGGACGGUGGAAAGCAAUGUGUUGACGUGGACGAAUGCACACAAGCCGGCUCUGCUUAUCCAAGUGUAUGCGGACCACACGGUACUUGCUUGAACACUGAAGGAUCGUACACUUGCCACUGCUCCAGAGGUUUCGAGAACGACGCUGGUAGCAUGAUCUCGUGCGUAGAUAUUGAUGAAUGUACCCAAGACGGCUUAUGCGAGAACGGUGCAUGUGUGAACACAAGGGGAAGCUACGUAUGCAACUGCAAUGACGGCUACAGGACCUCUGCUACACAACUGGAGUGCGAAGACAUCAACGAAUGCCAAGAACAACAAGGACUAUGCGAUAACGGACGUUGUAUAAAUAGCGGCGGAGACUUCAGGUGCAUCUGCAACCCCGGGUUCUUUACCUCUCCUGACUCAAGAUCGUGUCUUGAUGAAAAUGAAUGUGAAAGAGACAACAUGUGCGCAAACGGGGAGUGCGUCAACAUGGAUGGAAGAUACAAGUGUGUCUGUAACACUGGCUUCCAUUUGUUGCCAAGUGGACAAAGUUGUGCAGAUAUCAAUGAAUGCCACAUGAAUCCUUGUGAAAAUGGUCGAUGUGAAAACUCUGAAGGUUCCUUCCAAUGUCAUUGCCACCGAUUCCAGAUUCUCGAUUCAACUGGAACACGAUGUUUACUUGACCAAACAUCUGGUGAAUGUUACCGCGGUGUUCGUAAUGGGCAAUGCCGAGCAAGGAACGCUCUCACUGGAGGGAGCUCAAGAUCGGAUUGUUGUUGCGCUGUUCCUGGAGCGACAAGCGCGUGGGGUGACACGUGUGAGCCAUGCCCAGAAGUUGGAGAAGCUGAUUACACCGUUCUAUGCCAUGAUGUGCAGAUCAGUAACAUCUGUGAGCUGAUGGUAAACCCUUGUGAGAACGGUGAUUGCCUUAAGAUGGGAAACAACCAGUUUAGAUGUAUUUGCAACAAAGGAUUUGUUGUUGCUGAUGAUCAGAUGUCUUGCAUUGAUGUUGACGAAUGCUCAAAGAACCUUUGUAGCAACGGAGCUUGUAGGAACACCCCAGGAUCUUACACAUGUACCUGCAAUGAGGGAUACCUCCUUCGUGGGGAUGUGUGUGAAGAUAUUGAUGAAUGCGUGUCUAACCCUUGCACCAACGCCCGUUGUACCAACGAACCUGGUGCGUAUAGAUGUGUUUGCGAGGAUGGUUUUAUAUUGGACACCACUGGGCAUGUCUGCUACGACGUUAAGGUUGGCCGAUGCUGGAGUUCAUAUGCAAACAACCAGUGUUCGGGAAAUAUCGGAAACCGACUUCUUACUAAGGAGGAAUGUUGUAACACCAUCGGUGUAGCAUGGGGUAAUGCUAACUGCAGACCAUGCACUGAUUUCGACCUUCCAUGCGACCAUGGAUACACCCUCAAUGUUCAAACUAACGAAUGUGUCAACAUUAAUGAAUGCGACUUCGGACUUUGCCAAGAGGAUACCACGUGUGUGGAUCUGGAAGGUUCUUUCAGAUGUGAAUGCCCAGCUGGGCUCACACUGCGCGCAGAUGGCACAUCAUGCACAGAUGUGAGAGUUGGAAUUUGUUACAUGGAAGUUGAGGAUGGUGUUUGCUCCACCACAUCCGCCGACACCAUACUGAUGACCAAACACCAGUGUUGUUGCACUGUGGGCCAUGGAUGGGGUUCACCAUGCGAGAUUUGCCCACAGGCAGGAACAGACGCACGAACCAAGCUAUGUCUCCCGGCCAACCAACGUGUUAUUACCCUCAACGAGUGCAUUCUGUUCCCCAACCUUUGUGUGGAUGGCGAAUGUUUAAACACAGAUUCCAGCUUUACCUGCAACUGUAAUCAAGGAUACACCUUGGAUGAAUCUGGCAAAAACUGCACUGACAUUGAUGAAUGUGGUAUCAGCCCCGGUCUUUGUGGUAACGGUCAAUGCGUGAACGUUGGAGGUGACUUCAGAUGCGAUUGCGACGAAGGAUAUGAAGAUUCGCAAACCCUCAAAGUUUGCACAGAUAUUGAUGAAUGCUCCAUCCCCGGCCACUGCACUGGAGGUACUUGCUUCAACACUGAGGGAAGUUAUGAAUGUGUUUGUCCAGAUGGAAGAUCAUUGGGACCAGAUGGAACCAAAUGUAUUGAUGUUGAUGAAUGUGCAUUGAGACCCAAUCUAUGUGAACCUAACGGUAGAUGUGAGAACAUGUUAGGAUACUACAUGUGUAUAUGUGAUGUUGGCUACAUUCCUACACCCGAUGCCAGGGAUUGUGUCAACAUUGAUGAAUGUUUGGAUAACAAUGGUGGUUGUCACAUGGGAUGCACCGAUACCAUUGGUUCUUACGAAUGUAGUUGUGAUGAUGGGUUUGUGCUUGCUUUCGACGGACACACUUGUGCAGAUCGUGAUGAAUGUAUGGAACAAAUGAACAGAUGUGACGGCGGUACUUGUGAAAAUACCGAUGGUGCUUUUAGAUGCGUCUGCUUUGAUGGAUUUAUGGCAACUGCUGAUUUACAGUUCUGUGAAGAUAUCGAUGAAUGUGCAAUGAAUGCAAACGUGUGUAUGCACGGCAAAUGUCACAACACCAGAGGAUCAUACACAUGUAACUGCGAACCUGGAUAUUGCGUUCCACAAGGACAAAUGAUCUGUGUUGAUGAGGAUGAAUGCGAGAUGUCGAAACACAAUUGCCACGUGAAUGCUGAUUGUAACAACACAGAGGGAGGAUACAACUGCCGUUGUAUUCCUGGUUUCCAUGGAGAUGGAUUCAUGUGCCACGAUGAUGAUGAAUGCGCGAUGGGCACACACAUGUGCCACGAGUUCGCCACGUGCACGAACAAACACGGAAGUUACGAGUGCAACUGCCAGGAUGGUUACCAUGGAGAUGGGUUCUCUUGCUCCGACAAUGACGAUUGUGUUGAGGAUGAUACGUUAUGUGGACCUCAUGGGCAGUGCAUGAACAUCGAGGGAAGUUUUGAAUGUAAUUGUCCCAUGGGAUUCGUUACAACAGAAGAUAGGAAGGCUUGCAAGGAUAUUGAUGAAUGCUCAUUCGAGGGAAUUUGCGUGAAUGGCCGAUGUCAUAAUGUGCCGGGAACUUUCCGAUGUGUAUGUCUUGAAGGGUAUGAGAAAGACGACCAAGGCGCAAACUGUACAGAUGUUGAUGAAUGCUCAGAUCUUGCCAACUGUAUCAAUGGUAUGUGCGUCAACACCGACGGCGCAUAUGAGUGUCAAUGUCCAGAAGGUUUCCAGAGUAACCCUACAGGCAUUGGUUGUGUUGACACCCGUGUUGGAAACUGUUUCAACAGCGCCGAGGGAGACGAUUUGGCUCCAAUCUGCACCGGACAAAUUGGAACCUCCGUCACUAGAGGGACAUGUUGUUGCAUAAGCAACGCAGGAGCGUGGGGCAACCCGUGUGAACUUUGCCCCAUUAUCAACUCAACUGAGUACCACACAUUGUGUCCUGGAGGACCUGGUUUCCGUACCAACCCCAUCACUGUCCUCUUGGAAGACAUCAACGAGUGCGUGGAGGUGCCCGGUGUUUGCAGGGGUGGCAAAUGCAUCAAUGGGUUCGGAACCUUUGUGUGCGAAUGUUCCAUGGGAUAUCAACUCAACCCUGCAACAAAGACUUGCGAAGACAUUGAUGAAUGUGAGGGAGACAGUGACGACAAUGAUUAUGAUGUUUGUGGUGCCGGCCAAUGCUUAAACACUGUGGGCGGUUACAACUGCCAGUGCCCUGAAGGUUACAAGUCCAUUAUGGGAGGCAGGAAAUGUGAAGACAUCCGAGAGAGAUCAUGCCAUCGUAACUACAACGCAACCACAGAAGAAUGCUCCGGCUCCCUUCAGUUUGAUCUUACCAAGAAGAAGUGUUGUUGCUUCGGUAACAUUGGACAAGGAUGGAACAAUCCAUGCGAAGCUUGCCCAACUCCUGGCACCGAUGCCUUUACUUCAGUGUGUGGUUCAGAAAACAUAAUUAGAACUAAUGACAUGUGCUCACAAAUCGCCAACCUCUGCGAGAAUGGCUUGUGCAUUUCCGUGGAUAGUGGGUUUACUUGUGAAUGCUCAAGGGGUUACCACUUCAAUGAUGAACUCAUCCAGUGUGAAGACAUCAAUGAAUGUGUUGACGAAGAUCUUUGCUUUGCUGAUUCUGUUUGUACCAACAUGCCAGGAUCAUAUGUAUGUUCUUGUAUGGAAGGAUUCGUGUUUGAUGAAAUAAGUGAAACUUGCGUUGAUAUUGAUGAAUGCAACUUGAGUGGAACUUGCACAAAUGGAGAUUGUUCAAACACAAGAGGAGGAUUUGUGUGCGAUUGUAACCAGGGAUUCCACCCUAUUAAUGAUGAUAAGGCUUGUGAAGAUGUGAAUGAAUGCGACAGAGACCCGUGCGGACGCGGUGUUUGCCAGAAUGUAUUCGGAAGUUUCACUUGUACUUGUGACAAUGGAUAUCGUAUCUCUGAUAAUGGGGAUUGUGUUGACAAGAAUGAAUGUGAUGAAGAAGGCCAAUGUAACAAUGGUUUCUGUGACAACACACCUGGUGGAUUUGCAUGCGAUUGUAAUGAAGGAUAUUCAGUAACACCUGACGGCAGAGUUUGUAUUGAUACUGAUGAAUGUACAGAAGAUCCAUUAGUGUGUGGUAUUGGUACUUGCCAGAACAUGGAUGGUUCUUUCAAAUGUUAUUGCCCUGAUGGUUACAACAGUGAUAAUGGUGCAGCUUGUAAUGAUGUCAAUGAAUGCGAUGUUGGCGACAAAUGUGUGAAUGGUGCUUGUAUCAACACACCUGGUGGGUUUGAAUGUGACUGCCCAGAUGAACACGUCGUCAGUUCUAACAAGAAGACUUGUAUUGACCAACGUAGAGCUCAUUGUUACGAGACAAUUUCCCAAGGCACAUGCGCCAACCCUGGUAACACAGCUGUCACCAUAUCCUCAUGUUGUUGUCGGUGUGGUGGAGGUGGUUGGGGAACAGCCACAAGUGAUUGUGAAGCUUGCCCCGCAAACGGAACGCAAGAGUUUGCCAACAUCUGCCCUCAGGGAUGCGGGUUUACUCCAAAUGGAAUUGACCUCAACGAAUGUGAUGAAAACAACCCAUGCGUCAACGGCCGAUGUGUCAACCAACCGGGUAGCUUCCGUUGCGAAUGCACCAACGGGUUCACACUCGAUGCAUCCGGUGUGGUGUGCGUUGAUGUGAACGAGUGUGUCUCUGGAGCAUCACCAUGUGGUAACGGAACAUGCACAAACACGGAGGGAGCUUUCGAAUGCGCGUGUGAUGAUGGAUUCUAUAACGGACCAGCCAUGACUUGUUUGGAUGUCAACGAAUGCAAACCUGGAUUGAACAACAACUGUGCUUUCCGCUGCGUAAACGACAUCGGCAGCUUCCAUUGUGCUUGCCCUGAUGGUUACGAACUUCGUGAAGAUGGAAACACUUGCAAAGACACUGAUGAAUGCGCAUCUCCUGACUUAAAUGAUUGCACUGAAAAUGGAAUGACUUGUAAGAAUAUGAUUGGAUUCUUUGUCUGUCACUGCCAACCAGGGUACAGGACUUCUUCAACAGGAACUUGUGUUGAUGACAACGAAUGUGAUGUGGCAAACGUAUGCAACAACGGCGUGUGCAUCAACCUCGAUGGAACGUAUAGAUGCGAUUGUAAUGAAGGAUACAUGUAUGAUGAGGAACACAAGAUGUGUCUGGACACCCGACAAGGAUUAUGUUACGCUCAAGUCCAUCAACGUAUGUGUGAAGUCACCUCAACCACUGGCCUUCCAUUCACCAAAGCUGAAUGUUGUUGUAACCGUGGCAAGGGAUGGGGUGAAGACUGUGAGGCAUGCCCAGUGUAUGGAACAACUGCGUUCGUUCAACUAUGUCCCCAUGGUGCCGGGUACAAACCCACUGGCGAAGACAUUGACGACUGCCGAGUGACACCUGGGCUCUGCGCGCACGGUACGUGCAUCAACACCCUUGGUGCGUUCCGUUGUGCAUGUUCCCAUGGUUACGAGGUCACCAGGUCAAACAAGGUUUGCAUGGAUAUCAACGAAUGUCUUGCACCAACCAACCCAUGCAGCUUUGAUUGCCGAAACACAGAGGGAAGUUACGAAUGUAUUUGCCCCAAGGGUUACCAGAUCGAUGCUGAUAAUAGUGCUUGUGUUGAUCUUAAUGAAUGCGCAACCAAACGUCACAACUGCCAAUACCUUUGCAUCAACACAGUUGGUUCAUUCAAAUGUGAAUGUCCACAUGGUUUCACACAAGAGGGAGCACAAUGUGUUGAUAAGAACGAGUGCAUUGAUAUGCCAGGUAUUUGUGGUCCACGUGGUGUUUGUAGGAAUGAUCCAGGUGGUUACCAUUGUGAGUGCCCUCGUGGGUACAGGAGAGAUGACAUGGGACAAGCUUGCAUGGAUGUUGAUGAAUGUGGCGGGCAACAAAGCUCGUGCGCUGGAAGUUGCCAGAACAUCCCAGGUUCCUUCAGAUGUCUUUGUUCCCGAGGUUUCCGACCCACUAUGUACGGUAGAGGUUGCCAAGAUGUGAACGAAUGCGCUCACAGCCCGUGCUCGCAAGGACAAAGCUGUUCCAACAGGGUUGGAUCGUUCCAAUGUGGAUGUCCAUCAGGAUUGGCGAAGAUGCGCGGAGGAUGCGGUGACGUUGAUGAGUGCCAGAUGGGAGGAGGAAGCUGCAACUUUGGAUGCCGAAAUAGUUACGGAGGAUUCUCUUGCAGCUGCAGAGGUGGUUUCUUCCGCAUGGGCAGUGGACAUUGCAUGAGCGGCCACUUUGAACAAAGAGUUCCAAGAUUCCCACAAUUCCCUCAGUUUGGUGGCUACGGUGGUCCACAGAUGGGCAUGCCUCCAAAUGGUGGAUUCCAGGGUGCUAUGAGGCCCAAGGAUAGCGUGUGCUAUGCGUGCAUGCCAGGUGGUGACACACGACGUAGACAUAAGAGGUCUGCUGAUGGUGGAAGAUUUAUCGAAGUUUCGAACCGUCAUGGCAGAGGAACUGUCAACACCAGCUACCCCCUUGAGGUUCACCUGAAUCGCGCCACACUCACACGCCGCACACCCAUCUUGGAGCUGCAACCUUCCCUGAAACAACUUCGCAACAACGUCCGUUACCGCAUCGUGUCCGGAAACGACGAUCGCAAAUUCCGUCUCAACCCACGAGGAAGCUCCAGCGUCCUCCACUUCACCGAGGAAGGUCUUCAACAAGAUCUCGCCGGAGUCGCAAGUGAGCUCACCAUCCGAGGAUCAACAACCUUAAGCAAGGAUGAAGUGAAGCAAGUUGCUCUCGACAGCGAUCUUCUUGAGAAAGCUAUUGAAGAUAUCCUGGAGUUCCACGUCCAGAUCCAUGUCAACCAGCCUUAGAUUUCUCUUCACCACUGGACAGAUUAUUUAAUAGGACUGGCGGCUUGUAGAAAAACUGCAUCCGCCUUAAAUUUGGUUUUGUGUUUGACUAUAAGCGAUUACGUCAUUUUAGUGUCAUUACUACGUAUUUUGACACGUCAUCACUAUUUAGCGCCGCACAUAACGUAUAACCCUCCAUGAAAAUUUUUCAAGCGAAAAAAAACACCUUUCACACUAACGUCUGCCUGUAACUACCGAAACUUUUCAGUGGUCUAUAAAUGCAGCAUAUUUCUUAUUGUUUUAUAGGCUAAUUGUAUCGCUUUGUGCCUUAAUUGUACAUAGGUAUAACCGUUGCAGCCGUUUUCUAUGCUACACAGUAUUAGAAGCUAUAACAAAGCAAUUCGCGACAAUAAAUUCCUACGCAGUUGCAUGUUUUUUUUUUGUGAAUUUCAUCAACAUUUUUCUUCUAAAUUGGUCACACAUAAUUUGAGCAAUUAUUCUCUUCAUGUCAAGUUCCCAAGUAAAUGCAUAUAGAAGUAC